AUGAAGAUCAAAAGCUUUGGACUUCUUUGUAUGUUGCUUCUGGUCUCUCAGAUGCUACUAGCUAAUUGUGAAAGACAGAAGGAAAGAAAAAAAGAAAGACAAAAUAUAGAAAAGGGUGGAAAAAAACAAGCUGAACCUAAUGAACAGAGUGAAAAGGGGAGGAAGUCAAAUGGAGAAAAAGCAUUGCCUAAAGGCAAGUUUAAAACCAAAGAAAAUGCUGAGUGCACCUGGGCAGUGGCUGACAUCAACGCUGCUACUGUGCACAUAGAAUGCAAGAAUGGUGAAAGCAAGUUCUGGUGUGAAUUCACAGGAGACCCUUCCGCCUGUCCACAGUAUGCAGCAAACCAGAGAUCCUACUGGAAACAAGUCUCCCGAUCCCUAAAGAAGCAGAAGCAGAUCUGUCAAGACUCCAAAAGUGUGCUAAAAUCUAAAGUUUGUAGGAAAGGCCCACAAAGUGCUCACCUCGAAUUGACAAACUCAAGCCUGUUAACAUCAAUGGGUCCUGUGAAAGGGACUGCAACUCAUCACGCAAAGGAAGGCACACGGACUUCAGCCUCUGCUUCUGUGACUAAAAAGCAGCCAGAACAAAGUUCCCAAGACUGUGUUGAAGACAUAGAUUAUAUUGAUCAGAGAAAGGUGGCGGAGGAAUACUGUCCAGAAAGCUUACUCUCUUUCUGCAACUUUUUUAUCGCCAUGGUACAAGACAAAAAAUGCUGA